AUCUUAAAAAAUGUAAUGAAUUAUUAUGAUGACUGCUUCAAAGCUCUCUCUCUCAUCCUCUCAUAUCCCAACUAUAUAUUCUUCUUAAAUGCUAUACUGUAUUCAAUACAAACCUUUGAAAAAACCAACUCUAUUCACGCUCUUUUCUUCCAAAGCUUCUACCAAAUCCAACCGAUGGGUAAAAAAAUGAUGAUGGCUUGCUUCAUCAUACUCUUGUGUACACUUGAAGUCGUCUGCUUAGAGUACGUCAAAUACACUUUGCUACACUCGGCUGUUCCAAAAGGAGCAGUGUGUUUGGAUGGAUCUCCACCAGCAUAUGCCUACAGUGAGGGAUGUGGAGAUGGAUCUACAAACUGGCUCGUUUACUUGGAGGGCGGUGCAUGGUGUGAUUUAGAGGAAGAGACAAGCUGUCCAAGUAGGUCAAGAUCCUAUCUUGGAAGCACUGGUUAUGAUUUAGUUAAUAAAGAGAUACCAUUCAAUGCAAUACUUGAAUUAGAUUGUCAAUUGAAUCCCGAUUUCUACAAUUGGCAUAAAGUUUUUGUUCACUACUGUGAUGGCUCGUUGUUUAUGUCGGACGUCGACCAAGUUGAUCCUACCAACAACCUCACAUUCCGAGGUGGGAGGAUCUACAAUGCUGUAAUGGAGGAGCUGCUUGGCAAAGGAAUGAGAAAUGCCCACAAUGCUAUCUUGACGGGUUCUUCAGCAGGUGGAUUGAGCACAAUCCUACAUUGUGAUAGAUUCCGAGCCCUGUUUCCGAGUACCACAAGAGUCAAGUGUAUAUCGGAUAGUGGUUUUUUUAUACGAGGGGAAGGUGAAUUGGCAAAACAAUCAGAACGCCAUUUUGCUCAAGUGAUUGCUGCAAAUGAACUUAGAUCAUUACUGCCUAGAUCAUGCACAUCUAAGAGGGACCCAAAUUUGUGUCUCUUUGCUGAGUAUUUGGUUGAUGAUGUUGCCACUCCACUCUUUAUACUUGAAGCAGCUUUUGAUUCAUACCAGAUUAAAUCCAACUUCAUAUUCACUGUUCCUGGUCUGGAUCCAAUGCAAUGGGAGAAUUGUUCAAAAAGCCUGGAACAGUGCAAUGCUACACAAAUAGGAAUCAUCAAGGAGUUUGGACCUAUUUUCAAGAAGACACUAAUGAAGCUCGGUAACUCUUCGAGCAGAGGGGUAUUUUUGGAUUCGUGCUAUCUUCAUUUUCAUUUCUAUUCAACAUAUAAUUGGAUAUCCACACCAGUACUUCACAACAAAACCAUACAAAAAGCUAUUGGCGAUUGGUUCUAUGAUCGAAGUACAUUUCAAGAGAUAGAUAAUCCUUUAUAUCCACAAAAUUGUUAUCGUAAAUAGUUGGUUGGUCUUAUUAUUCAUGACAAUAUUAUGUGUAUGGUUUAAAGUAUUAUUUUUAGUGUGUGUUAAUUGUAACGAUUCAAAUUGUUUUGUCUUGACUACUAGCACAAUUAAAUGCAUAUUUAAUUUUUCAA